UUGUUCUUCAGAGAAAUGGGUUUCUGUUUUCUAAUGUUACAUCUUGUGAUUUUUGGAUGGAUUUGUUUGGGGAAUUUUAAGUUAUGAUCCCACUUUAUAGUGUACUAACCCUAAAUUUAUCGGCCUUAUUCUAUAAAAGCAGAGGGGUUUAAAAAAUUUUACAAAAUAAUUUUCUCCUAUAGCCCUUUAAUUUUGCGUUAAUUAAAAUGGGCCCAUUACCAAAUCGAAUGACUGUGACCUGACAAAAAUGAGUCAAAAAACUCACAUACUUUCUCUUAGCCCAUUGGUAAACCCCAACUUCACCCUUUUUUCCACUUUCUCCUCCUUCCCUCCCUCCCUCCAUUUUGGGCUUAUAUAUUUUUCUGUUAAUUACAAGAACAAGUCCAUGCUGAUGUAAUUGGUGGAUGUCGUGAGUGAUGGGUGGUGAUCUCCAGCUUGUACAUUUAAUUGAAGCAAUUUGAGUUGGAUAUUGGUGUUUGCUCUGGUCAUGGACUGCAAUAAAGAAGAGGCUGUCAGGGCCAAAGACAUUGCAGAGAACAAGAUGAAGAACAAUGAUUUUGUAGGGGCUCGUAAACUUGCACUCAAGGCCCAGCAACUCUAUUGUGAUUUGGAGAAUAUUUCUCAGAUGAUAAUGGUUUGUGAUGUACAUUGUUCUGCCGAGAAGAAACUGUUUGGCAAUGAGAUGGACUGGUAUGGUAUCCUUCAGAUUGAGCAGACUGUCGAUGAAGCAACGAUCAAAAAGCAGUACAGGAAGUUUGCUCUGCAACUUCAUCCCGAUAAAAAUAAGUUCCCUGGUGCAGAAACUGCUUUCAAACUGAUUGGGGAAGCACAAAGGGUCCUUUUGGAUCCAAGUAAACGGUCAAUGCAUGACAUGAAACGCAGACCCACCGUCAGUAGAUCGGCACCACCAUAUCAGCCUUCACAGAAGCCAGCUUGGUACCCAACUGUAGGGGGUCACAACAUUAGAAGCCACUUUACCCAACAGCAGAAACCACAACAACCGGUCCAAACAGGCAAUUUCAAUUGUACCCAGACAUUUUGGACAGAGUGUCCGUUUUGUACAGUACGGUACCAGUAUUAUAGAAGUGUUAUCAACAAAUCCAUCGUUUGUCAAACUUGCACCAAGCCUUUUAUUGCAUAUGAAAGGGGUGAGCGGGCUGUGCCCAUGACAACUAACUUGCAUCAGCCAGCAUUCCGCCCACAGAAAGAGGUCCCAAGUCAGGGCGCUUUUAAGGUAGAACAAGUUUUUAAGGGGAAUUUUACUCCUGAUAGUUCUAAAACAGCAUUUUCUCAGAAGACUGACUGUCCUCUUGGAGGGGUUGGAAAUGAAAAGAUGAAUGGUAAGAGAGGAAGGAAGCAGGUAGUGGAAUCCAGUACAAGUUGUGACUCUGAAAGUAGCAGUGACUCUGAAGUAGAUAUGUCUAUGGAUGAGAAUGGUGAUUUCCUAGGCAAAGAGCAUUCUGGGAGUUAUAGAGAUCAGUAUCCACGCAGAUCUAGUAGGCAUAAGCAGCAAGUUUCUUAUAAUGAGGAUUUGAGUGAUGAUGAUAACUUGAUGAGUCAUUCAAAAAGGGCUAAGGGGGGUGGAGAUGGAUUAAAAAAGGAACCUAAAAUGGAUAAGCCAUCUGGCUCGGUUUUCACCAUGAAAGAAGACCAGAAAGAAAGUGCAUAUUUUGAUGAGAGCUUACCAAAUGGAAGCAAAAAAACUGGAAAGAUGAGUGGAAAAGAAAAGGUGGACAAGGAUGACUGUCAAAACACUUCUAGAGCUUGUGGUGAUAGCCUUAAGAAAAGUGUUGAAAAUGUCGAUGACUGUACAUCAAAUUCCAGCUCUGAUAGUGCACUAGAUCCAAAACGUUAUGAUAUUCCCGAUCCAGAUUUCCAUGACUUUGAUACAGACAGGAAAGAAGAGCAUUUCAAGGUAGACCAGAUAUGGGCAGCUUAUGACACUCUUGAUGCCAUGCCUAGAUUCUAUGCUCGAAUCAGAAAAGUUUUUACCCCUGGGUUCAAGUUGCGAAUAACCUGGCUAGAACCAGAUUUGGAUGAUGAAAAUGAGAUUGAAUGGGUCAAUAAUGGCUUGCCAGUUUGUUGUGGUAAAUAUAAGCUUGGGAAGUCUGAAUUUACUGAAGACCUUCCUAUGUUCUCUCAUCUUGUGUCCUGGGAAAAAGGAAGACAGAGAAAUACUUACAAGGUGUUCCCUAUAAAGGGAGAAAUAUGGGCCUUGUUCAAGGACUGGGAUUUCAACUGGAAAUCAGAACCAGAUACUAAGCAGCAGUUUGAAUUUGAAUUUGUUGAGAUCCUGUCAGACUUUGUUGAGGGUGUGGGUGUUUGUGUUGCAAACUUGGCUAAGGUGAAAGGCUUUGCAUCUGUGUUUUGUAGAUGGAGUAAGGAAGGAACAGGCACUUUUCAGAUUCAACCAGGUGAACUUUUUAGGUUCUCCCACAGGGUCCCAUCCUUUAAACUGUCUGGUGAGGAGAGAGAAGGUGUAUUGAAAGGGUCAUUUGAACUUGAUCCAGCUUCUUUGCCUCUUAAGCUUGAAGAGAUUUCUCUUCCUGAAAUUUUGAAAGCUGAGGCUGGUGUUACUUCUUUCAGUUGUUCAUCGGGAACUUCAAAUGAAGAAAAACCUGUUAUGGGGCCUAAAGAACGGACAUCUUUGCACCAGGCUAAAGUUAAGGAGACCCAUGUAGAACCUGAGAAUGAUAACUUGGCUGUUGAUAUUGAAGAUGAUAGUGCACCUCCAGCUUCAAUACCUGAAGAAAUUGAAAUUCCAGACCCUGAAUUCUAUAAUUUUGAUGCUGAGAAAUCGGAUGAUAAAUUGCAGGUUGGUCAGAUCUGGUCAUUGUAUGGUGAUGAGGAUAGCUUGCCAAAGUACUAUGGUGAAAUUGUAAAAAUUGAGUCUGAUCCAGUUCUUAAAUUACACGUGAGGUGGCUUGUUUCCUGUUCACUGCCAAACAACUGUAUUCGGUGGCAUGAUAAAGACAUGCCCAUUUGUUGUGGAAGAUUUGAGAUUAAAAAGGGUAAAAUCCAAAGGUACAAUACCACCGCGGCUUUGUCACAUCUAGUAAAAGCAGAAUGUGCUGGUAAGAAGAAUGAAUACAACAUUUUCCCCAGGAAAGGUGAGGUAUGGGCCUUGUAUAAGAAUUGGAAUGCCGAAAUUAAAUGCUCUGACUUGCAGAAUUAUGAAUAUGAUAUUGUUGAAAUCCUAGAGGCAAAUGACUUAAAGAUAGAAGUCUUAUUCUUAGAGCGUGUGGAUGGUUUCAAAUCGGUUUUUCGGCCUCAAGUAAAAGGAGCAUCAGCUAUGACUAUUAAUAUCCCCAUUAUUGAACUGCUUAGGUUCUCUCAUCAAAUUCCUGUUUUCCAGCUGACUGAUCAAAGAGAUGGCAGCCUGAGAGGCUUCUGGGAACUUGAUCCUGCUGCGCUGCCAGUGCAUUACUUUUCAUCUUAAUUAUGAAAUGGCAACUUGUGAAACAAAUAAGUUCAUCUGCAGUUUUGCUGGAGCUGACAUUAAAUCCCAGAAUGUUAAUUGUUUUUGGGUGAAAUUGCUCAACCGUGGUAUACUUGGAUGGUAACUGUUAAAAGGUGCAUGAAAUGGCUUGACUAGAUCGAAGUAUAGUGCUUUUGUGGUUUUCUUUGGUUCCAUUGAAGUGCUUCUGGGAGAAAAUGUUGCGCUGCAAAUUACCAACCGGCUGAUUUCUAUGUUAACCAUGAAAAACUGAAUUUCUCUACUUCUGAAAGUUUUUUUCUUCGAAUUUUUAUAUGCAGACUUCUUGAAUUUGUAGAUCUUUGAAUUAGCCUAUUUGUUUGGGUUGUAGAAAUCUCAUGGUAGCAGAAGCAUAUAUCUCAUGCUUUCAUCUAGACUUAGCAUUUAUUGUCAGUUUCAGGUUGUUUAAGUUACCAUCAGGUGUGGGGAAUAGCAGCAAAUGCACUAAAAAUUCUGCCUCUUCUCUGAA